CUUAUUUAUAAAGUGAAACUGUCUUAGAGUGAGUGUCUUUGUCUUCAUAUUUUCAUCAUGCAGAUUUCUGAAUGCCAUUUUGUGUUGAUGAGUAGUUUUGAAUGAAGGACCCACCCUCCAUCCCAUUCAGUAGACCCAGGUAUAAAACCUCAAGUCUUUACUCACACGCGCAGACGCGUGACUGACAGUCGUGCACAGGGUUAAUUGGACCGCAGGUUCUGAACUUGAAUUAUUUUUAAGACUCUACAAAUAUUAAGAUAAUGUCUCUCUUCACAAUUAACUUAACCAAUUUAACUUUAGAGAUGGAAGUCACUGGAGAUGAUGAACCCCGGAACGAGCGCUUGGCUCAAAUCGAGAUCGCGCUGCUGAGCGUCAUCUUUCUCUGCGCAUCAUCUCUGAACUUCGGUCUGCUGCUGCUUCUGUGGAGGAAGAGACAGCAGGUGUCCAGGAUGCGUGUGUUUGUGACCCAUCUCUGCUUGGCAGACCUGGUGGUUGCUUUCUUCCAGGUGUGCCCUCAGCUGAUGUGGGACAUAACUGACCGUUUCAUCGGUCCUGAUCUCGUAUGUCGUGUGGUCAAGUAUCUACAGAUCGUCGGCAUGUUUGCCUCCACUUACCUGAUAGUUGUGAUGACGGUGGACCGUUAUCAGGCGAUCUGCAACCCCAUGGUGACUUUCCAGAGGAGGCGCGCGCGCUGGAACGUGCCCGUGUGCGUCGCGUGGCUUGCGUCGUUUGUCUUCAGCGUCCCGCAACUGUUUAUUUUCUCCAGGGUUGAAAUCGCCCCGGGUGUCUACGACUGCUGGGCCGAGUUUAUUCAGCCGUGGGGACCGAAAGCGUAUGUGACGUGGACGACACUGGUGAUAUUUCUGGUGCCCAUCGUAACUGUGAUGGUGUGCCAGGUGCGCAUCUGCCGCGCGCUCCAGACAAACCUGUACCUGAAGACGCUUCAGCAACAGCAGCAGGGAGGUGAUGGUCUCCCGAACUGUCUUUCCUCCAGAGCCAGCAACGUGGUGUUUGUGUCCAAGUCUCGGAUUAGGACCGUGAAGAUGACAGUGGUGAUCGUGCUCGCCUACACCGUGUGCUGGGCUCCGUUCUUCACCGUGCAGCUCUGGUCUGUGUGGGACACCGACGCUCCGACUGAGACUGCAAUCUUCACCAUCCUCAUGUUGCUAGCCAGUCUGAACAGUGUUGCCAAUCCAUGUAUCUACCUGCUUUUCACUGUGAAGUUCCCCAAACUGUUGCAAACUCUCCUGUGCAUGAAACACACAGACAUGAAGGUGCCGCUGCCUGAGGAGACUACGAUGGUCAGCUCUCUGUAUUUGAGCUUUAAAAACUCUGACACGCAGUGAAAAAGAAACAACACUACAAACAUUCUUUGAAGUACCAUGUAAAUUGUACAUUAAUGUGCUAAGUGUUCAGUACCAUAUACUGUAAAUGUCAAAGUACCAUGAUUUUACCAUCUGACAUGAUCACUGUACCAUGCUACUAGCACAUUACAUUUAUGUAAAGAUAAAAAUGAAACCCGCUUGACUCAUUGGAGUCUCCAUGUACUGAAGCAUUUCAAACAAUGUUCAACACCAAUUAUGCCCCCAUUUACCUUCCCCUCUUAUAGUAUGUUGUUCUAUCAUUUCUUUUAACUGUACAUAACAAGCAGGAAAAUUGCUCAGUGUGUGCUGUCCUAAUCAUAAUCAAAAUAAUGUACAAAACAUAGUGUCUUUAAAUACUGACAAAAAUAUCCAUUUGACUAUUAGUGUAGUGGGUGAUGUUAUUAAAAUGCCUGUACAGAACAUUCUCACUGUUGUCAAUAAAGUGCUUUAAAAAUGAAAUAUUUGGCAUUGAAAUCAGUUCUUACAUGAAGUAUACACAGCCAAGGCGUCACCUUUGACCAUGCUUCAAUAUUUG